GACGAGAUCCAGGCGGAUAACCCACGCGUCGCCUACCUCUGCCGGUUCGUUGCGUGGGAGAAGGCUCGCGCCAUAGAUCCAGCAGCAAGUGUACGUGGGGUUGGGCGGUUUCAAGCACGACUCGUGCAAAGGCUAGAAAAGGAAGAGAUGGAAACACAGCGCAGGCUUGCCUCAACUGAUGUAAAAGAGGUUCAGAGGUUCUAUGAGCGCUAUUGUAACAAACAGAUUGAGGAGGGUGUUCAAACGAGAAAACCGGAUGGGAUUGCUACGUACUAUCAGACUGCAUCUGUCCUAUUUGAUGUGCUCAAAACCGUCACACCCGAAAAAUUUCGCCCUCAGUUUGUUAAGUAUGGUAAAACACUUGAAAAGGAGAAAGCUUCGUUACACUACAACAUUCUACCUCUUAAUAUCUCUGGCCCAACACAACCAGUAAUGGACAUUCCUGAGAUAAAAGCAGCAGUUCAGCUUCUUCGCAGUGUACAGAACCUUCCACAGCCAAGGCCCAGUCCAGCUUCUGUGCCUGAAGAAAUAGAUGAACCUAUUAUUUGUGAUUUGUUUGAUUUGCUAUGGCAAACAUUUGGAUUUCAGAAAUCCAACGUGGAGAAUCAAAAGGAACAUUUGAUCUUGCUGCUUGCCAACAUUGAAAUGUCUGAAGGGUCUGAUUUUCACCAAGUUGAAAAAUAUGAUUGCACGAUUCAUAUGAAUGUAGUGAACCAUUUGAUGAGCAAAAUUUUUCAAAAUUACAUUUCCUGGUGUCGUUAUCUGAAGUUGGAGUCAAACAUCAAAAUUCCAAUCGCUGCUACUACACAGCAACCAGAGCUACUUUACAUAGGGCUGUAUUUGCUGAUCUGGGGUGAAGCUUCGAAUGUUCGCUUUAUGCCUGAAUACCUUUGUUAUAUCUUCCAUCAUAUGGCAAAGGAUUUAUAUCACUUAGUGUUAAAUGGAAGAGAAAGUUGUUUCGACCCGCCCAUUCAGAACGGGGGGAGCGAUGAUGCAUUUCUAAAGCUGGUUAUUCAACCCAUAUAUGAUAUUAUUCAAAAGGAAGCUGCAACUAGUCGAUAUGGUACCGUGAGCCACUCAAAGUGGAGAAACUAUGAUGAUCUUAAUGAAUACUUCUGGUCGAAGAAUUGCUUCGAACAAUUUGGAUGGCCAGCGGACUUCAGAAGUAUAAAUAAAACUGAGACACAUGCUAAUCCUAUUGGCAGACAAAGCAUGUGCAAAACUAAUUUUGUUGAAGUUCGUACAUUCUUGCACCUCUUCAGAAGUUUUGAUCGAAUGUGGGCUUUUCUUACAUUAAGUUUCCAGGCCAUGGUAAUUAUUGCCUGGAACCCUUCUGGUUCACUUUCUGCUAUUUUCAAACCAGAUGUUUUCAGAAAUGUUUUGACCAUAUUCAUAACAGCUGCAUUCUUAAACUUCCUUCAAGCCACAUUUGAUAUAGUUCUUAACUGGAAGGCUUGGAGAAGUCUGGUGUGCUCACAGAAGAUACGAUAUAUUCUGAAAUUUUUUGUGGCUAUUGCCUGGUUAAUAAUCCUUCCAACAACAUACAUAAUUUCUAUUCAAAAUCACACACGCCUGGUCAAGUUAUUCGGCAAUCACAUUGGGAAUUUCCAGAGCGGAUCGGUUUACAAUUUUACAGCUUUUCUUUACAUGCUACCCAACAUAUUCAGUGCCCUGUUUUGCGUAUUUCUACCAAUUAAAAGGGCAUUGGAGCGUUCAAAUAGCUCCAUUGCUAGAUUCAUCUUCUGGUGGACUCAGCCAAAGUUGUAUGUUGCCCGGGGAAUGUAUGAAGACACAUAUUCAUUUCUUAAGUACGCAUUGUUCUGGAUUCUAUUGCUUAUAUGCAAGCUUGCCUUCAGUUUUUAUGUCGAGAUAUGCCCUCUGGUUGGACCUACCAGGAAAUUUUUGUUUUCAGAACGGGAGAAUCACACAUGGCAUUUGCCUUUUCUAUACUUGCGUCAAAUUUUAGGCGUUAUUAUCACUUUAUGGGCACCGGUUGUCAUGGUAUACUUCAUAGACACACAAAUAUGGUAUGCCAUAUUUUCCGCGCUAUAUGGUGGACUGAACGGUGCUUUCAGCCGCCUGGGUGAGAUCGGAACCCUUGGGAUGUUAAGAUCAAAGUUUGAGGCAAUCCCGAGAGCUUUUAGUAAAAUUCUGGUGCCUAGAUAUGACAGUGUACCAAAGAGUCACCAGUUCCAGGACGAUGGAUUGCAUAUGGGGGAGUUCUCUGACAUGUGGAAUGCAAUUAUUAGCUCAUUGCGACAUGAAGACCUGAUAAGCAAUAGAGAGAGGAAUUUACUAAUUGUUCCAUCAUCUGUUGGUGACACUACUGUUUUCCAAUGGCCUCCUUUCCUUCUUGCUUGUAAGAUUCCAAUUGCACUUCAUAUGGCAUUCGGAGGCAAUAAAAAGGAUGAGGAGUUAAUAAAGAUGUUAAAGAAGGAUCCAUAUACCUAUUACGCUAUACGAGAAUGCUACGAGACAUUGCUAAACCUCUUGGAUAGCCUUAUGGCAGUACCAAGGGAUAAGAUAAUUGUUGACCGAAUCCGUGAGAGCAUUGCUAUGAGCAUACAUAGCCAUUCCGUCGUGAAAGACUUCCAUUUGUGGAAACUUCGUCAGCUAAGUGCUAUUUUUGAAAAACUGCUAAAUGUAUUAUUGAGAGGGUAUGUGGAUAUUGGCACCAUAAAGACACAGAUCACCAAUCUGUUACAAGAUAUAAUGGAAAUAAUGUUGAAUGAUAUUAUGAAGAAUAGCGAAAGUAUUGUGAAGGGUGAAAAUAUAUAUGAACUGUUUGCAAAUCCAAAUCUGGACUCCAUAAAUGAUGAAGUUUUCAGAGAGAAGUGUGUCAGGCUUCAGUUGUUACUAACAAUGAAAGAAUCUACAAUAUAUGUACCAACAAACUCCGAAGCUCGGCGUAGGAUUAUUUUCUUUGCAAACUCGCUAUUUAUGAAAAUGCCAAGGGCUCCAGAAGUACACAAAAUGAUGUCCUUCAGUAUUUUGACUCCAUACUACAAAGAAGGUGUGCUAUUUUCGGCAGAAGAUCUUUGUAAAGAGAAUGAGGAUGGAAUAUCAAUAUUGUUCUAUCUACGAAAAAUGUUUCCAGAUGAAUGGCACAAUUUUCUUGAGCGGAUAAAUUUUGAUCCAAAGAAUGAAGAUUCACUUAGACUAAAGAUGGAUGAUAUUUGUCCCUGGGCAUCUUAUAGGGGACAAACGCUAACCAGAACAGAAAAGUUAGGAAGAACACCAUCCUCAGAAGUGCGUUGGCCAAUGGUAGACAUGGCACAGGCCAUUGCUGAUAUCAAAUUCACCUAUGUUGUCUCGUGUCAAGUAUAUGGCAUGCAAAAGCUAUCCAAGGACCCUAAAGACAGAGCUUGCUAUCUGAAUAUCCUUAAUCUCAUGAUAACGUACCCAUCGUUACGUGUUGCUUAUAUUGAUGAGGUAGAAGCUCUGACUACAAAUGGAACGAUAGCUAAAACAUAUUAUUCUGUUCUUGUCAAAGGAGUAGGUGACAAGUAUGAUGAGGAAAUUUACCGAAUCAAGCUUCCCGGCAACCCUAGUAUUGGAGAGGCAAGAGCUGAAAAUCAAAACCAUGCCAUAAUUUUCACUAGGGGAGAAGCACUCCAGGCCAUUGAUAUGAAUCAGGAUAAUUACCUCCAAGAGGCAUUUAAAAUGAGAAAUCUCCUGGAGGAGUUUCGGAGUGUAAAGUAUGGCAAGUGUAAUCCCACUAUACUAGGUCUCCGUGAGAAUAUUUUUACUGGAAGUGUAUCAUCACUUGCUUGGUUUUUCUCGAAUCAAGAGACAGGCUUUGUUACGAUUGGACAACGAGUUCUGGCUAAUCCUCUCAAGGUACGGUUCCAUUAUGGCCAUCCUGAUAUUUUCGACAGACUGUUCCAUAUUACCAGGGGUGGCAUAAGUAAAGCUUCGAAGACUAUAAAUCUGAAUGGAGAUAUCUUUUCAGGUUUCAAUUCAAUUAUGAGAGGAGGAUGUGUCACACAUCAUGAGUACAUGGAAGUUGGUAAGGGGCGUGAUGUAAUAAUGAAUAAUAUUUCAACCUUUGAAGCUAAGGUGGCCAGUGGAAAUGCUGAACAAACAUUGAGCCGUGACGUCUAUCGGCUUGGACAUGGAUUUGACUUCUAUAGAAUGCUAUCUUUCUACUUUUCUACAGUUGGGAUUUAUUUUAGUAGCAUGGUUACUGUACUUACAGUUUAUGUAUUCUUGUAUGGGAGGUUAUAUAUAGUUGCGAGUGGCUUGGAAAGGUCUAUGUUGCUGGAUCCCCGUAUUGAAGAUAGCUGCAAGCCUCUCGAAAAUGCAUUAACUUUACAGGCUGUCUUCCAGCUUGGUUUGAUGCUUGUCCUCCCAAUGGUCAUGGAAAUAAGCGUAGAGCAGGGAUUCCGCUCAGCAUUAAUAGAGUUUGUCAUGAUGCAGCUUCAGUUGGCCUCUGUGUUCUUCACAUUCCAGCUUGGCACAAGAACUCACUACUAUGGGAGAACAAUACUCCAUGGUGACAUUAAAUACAAACAUGUAGGACGCAACUUUGUUGUGUACCAUGCAAAGUUUGCGGAGAAUUAUCGCAUGUACUCCCGUAGCCACUUCGUUAAAGGAUUUGAACUGUUGAUGCUUCUGGUAGUGUACCAAGCUUACGGAAGGUCCUACCACAGCUCCAGACUGCACCAGUUUGUCAUCUUCUCUAUAUGGUUCCUGGUUGCAUCUUGGCUCUACGCACCGUUUAUCUUCAACCCGUCAUGUUUUGACUGGCAGAAGGUGGUUGCUGACUGGAUGGAUUGGAGGGAGUGGAUGGGCAAAAAAGGGGGUUUUGGCAUGUCUGUGGAACAAGGCUGGGAGGCUUGGUGGAGUAGAGAGCAUGCGCACUUCAGGAAUAGUAGCAUUCGUGCUCUUGUCAUGGAUAUCAUCAUGUCGCUUCGUUUCUUGGUCUAUCAGUAUGCCAUUGUGUACUAUCUAAACAUAGAUCACAGCAGCAGAGGCAUUCCGGUAUAUGCGUUGUCAUGGCUACUUAUGUUCGUGGUUCUAUUCGUUCUGAAGAUGGUUUCAAUAGCACAAGAAAGAUAUGGGAUAGACCUGCAGCUUGCGUUCCGCAUUGUCUAUGGACUUAUCUUUCUUGGUUUGGUCUCUCUGGUGAUCGUCCUGUUGCUGGUACUUAAGCUCCCAAUUUCGGGCCUUCUUGCUAGUAUUAUUGGUUUCAUCCCCGCUGGUUGGUGUAUUCUUCUGAUUGCGCAAGCAUGCUGCCCUUUGGUUAAGGCAGCUAGGAUGUGGGACUCCAUCGUGCGGCUCGGGAGGGCAUACGACGACACGAUGGGUUUCAUCCUGUACCUGCCCAUCGGAUUCCUGUCGCUAUUCUCCUUUGUCUCAGAGUUGCAGACGGUGUUGCUCUUCAGCAAAGCCUCCACCAGGGGCAUCCAGAUCUCAAGGAUCCUUGCUGGUCAAUAGGACGCUGCUGCUGGGGCAGUGGGGGGUGUCGGUCCGAUUGUGCGGUACCACCUCUGUUCCAAAGAAUAAGGUGCAUGCGUAUUUUAAGACGAACUUUGACUAUAAAAAUUAGUCAAC